AUGGAAGCGCCUCUGUUCGGUGCAGGAGUUAUUGAAGCUCGGGAUGCAAGGGCAGCAAAAGCAGCCGAAGACUUUCUCUGUGCGGUUGGAGGACGAAGUUUGGCGAGAGCGGCCCUGAAGGAGCUUGACCUCCAGCUUGGAGGCUCCACUGGCAGCGGUGCCAGAGCCUUGGCGCCGGGGAAUUGGAUGAAGGAGGCAUCACAUGCGGGUCAGGCUCCUGACGCAAGUCGGCUAUUGCCCGCACUUGCAGAUGCUGCCUUGACCUGUGCUGCUGCGCUGCCACAGCAGACCAGCCGACUCCUGCAUCAAUCGACAGAGGCUGCCCGAGCAUGGCGAUCUCUUGCUAGCGCUGGGGGCGGGCGUGCGGCCUUGCUCCUGGUGCCGGAACAGAUGGAUGAGACUCUCGAUGACUUCACGCAGCAGGCAGAAGAGCGGGAAGGCUUUGCGGCUGCGCGGCUGCGACAGGGCCUGCAGCGCAUCUCCGUCCUGGAGAGCCUAGCCAUCAAAACGGAGGAGGAGAUGGAAGACGUGGAGCCCCAGGAACUGCGGCUGCGGCUCGCACACCUGGAAAAGGUCUCCCAGCAGCAGCGUGAGGAGGCCGCAGCCACGCAGGCGGCUCUCGAGCAAGAAAACCGGCAGUUGCGGCGAACUUUGGCCGACAAAGAGGAUGAGCUGGUAAUGGUCGCGAGCAAGGUGGAACAGAAGCAAGCAGCGACGGAAAGUGCGGAGGGUGAGCUUGCUCUGCCUCCCGACGCGCGUCGCCUGGCGGCAGAGGCCGCAGAAGGAGGCCCGGAUGACGGCGCCUCUCUCGAGGAAGCAGUGGUGCGGGAUAUCCGCAAGGCCAGGCUAGUUGGUGUGGAGCUGGAAGAGCUUCCAGCAGGCUUGCGUCGCGGCGUGGCCGAGAUGCGUCGCUCACUGACAGCCGCAGUGGAUCGUUUGGCGAAAGACCUCUACGAAUCGCAGGCGCACUUUGUACAGGAGCUUCUCCAGAAUGCUGACGACAACAGCUACGGGGAGGGUGUGCAGCCGCGGAUCAAUCUGGUCCUCAGGGGCAGGCCACCGGAAGCAUCGGGACAUCCACCGUAUUUUUUUGCAGCGAACAACGAGAAGGGGCUGACCGAGGCAGAUGUGCGAGCACUCUGCGACAUUUCCCGGUCUUCCAAGUCCCAGGCGACCGGGACGACUACUGGCUACAAGGGAGUCGGCUGGAAGUCUGUCUUUCGCGUCAGCGACGAGCCGCAGGUGCUUUCGCAAGGCUGGCGCUUCAAGUUCUCAUCUGCUGGACUGGGCAUGCUCACGCCGCAGUGGCUGCAGGACUCCGAGGUUAGUGUGCUACCCACUGAAGUACGGGAAGCCCAUGGCCGAGGAGACACAGUCUUCUACUUGCCUUUGUCCGACCCCAGCAAAUCCGUGCCGAGCAUUCGGACAGAGAUGCAGACCAUCCAGGCAGAUUCGGCUCAACUGCUCUUCUUGCGCCGGGUCACAGAGAUCAGUUUGAAGGGCGACUGGGCAGCAGAGGAGGAGUCCGAGCAGUUUGCAGAUGCCUGGGCCAGAAUAAUGGUGGCGGGCUCACAAGACCCACGUGCUGCCACCACGCGCCAGCGCUUCCAGCAGACGGGCAGCGAGCCCCCAGUUCUGCUGGAAGAGAUUACAACACGUUUCCAGAUCAGCAGCCACGAAGACGUCCUGGUGGCACUUCCGAAAGUGGAGGAGCCGCCCCCUCAACGUGUGUUCGCCUUUCUUCCUGUGCGAUCAGUGGGCUUUCGCUUUGCCAUCCAGGCACCGUUUCACCUGACGGCAAGCAGAGCCGAUUUGCAUCGCUCCCCGGAGAACCUUCGCCGCCGCAAUGCCGUGGCGCCUGCCUUCAUCAAAGCAUGCCAGGCAAACUCAGAGUUGGCUGCACAGGCCGUGGAGUUCUUGGGCACGGAGCCAGCGGACCACUUCUGGCUCCCGAUCCGCCAGUCCAUCGUCGAGGCUCUCCAAAAUUUGGCCUGUGUGGUCACUGAAGAUGGCUCCACUCUUGAACCUGGUCGCUGCCUUUUGCGUGGCGGCCUCCCUGCGGCCCGCUGGGUGCCCUCGGAGGUUCUUGAAGAGGCCUUAGGCCUACGGUUCGUGGCUCAGAGCUUGACAGCGGAUGCCGGGCGGGAGCUGGGUAUUCGAGAGUUCGGCUACAAGGAGCUGGUUGCAUGCAUCUCGUGGGCGAAUGGACACUGGCUCCAAGACCUUUGGCGGGCGGUGGACAGGCACUCAGCCGCCUUUACAGACUUGUUCCAGUCACUGGUCGACAACAUUCUGGAGGACCCUGCCCGCCUGCCACAAGUGCAGAGUCUGCAUAUUUUUCCGGUUACCAGCGCUCGAAGCAAAUCCUUGACGGCAACACUUUGCAACGAAGUGGAGCUGUCAACCUGUACGAAUCUUCACACCGCGCCCUGCAGUGCAGUGCCCAAAGGAUGGCAGCUGCACCUGCUGCGAUGUGUGGAGCCCUCCUUAGAGAUCGCCUCGAGGGGCGCGAAGCUCUUCCAGAUGCUCGGUCUUCAGGCGGCAAGCGAAGAAGAGCUCGAGGCCGUGGCGUUCCGCAAGCUUCUGUCUGUGGCGAAGGUGGGUGCAGAGGCGCAGGCAGGGUUCGAUGCCAAGACCUACUGGUGUGCAAUGGCUGUCCUCCGCCGGAGCUAUCUGUUGGGUCGGUCUGCGCCGGCACCGGGUUGGGGCAGCCUUCGUGGGGCCGUAGCAUUGCUCUCUGACUCCCAGCAGAUGCUUCCCUCACCCCAGCUGCGGCUUUGGUCCUUCCUGGGCAUUGAGCUGAGGCUGCCUACCUCCAUCAUCAGCAACAUCUGCACAAUCGCCGGCAUCGAGCAGAUCGACCCGGGGCGCAGCCCGCAGCCUUUCGUGGAGAGGGCUGCAGCGCCUCCUGCCAGCCUAGGCAUCGUGAUGGAUCCGCCGGCAGAUGAGUGGCACCUGGGCUGGGAAAUUUUCCUGCGCAACGUCUUCGGCUGCCAGCCGAUGGAUCCGUUCGCCACACCU